AUGGAUUCUGAAAGUACACAAAGCACACAAAACGAAUUUUUAUACGUCGAUGGUAGAAGAUUUCAUAACGUGGAGAAUGUUAAAUAUCAUUUACCAAACGAUGAAAAUGAAACAGACAGGUUAAAUUCACAACAUUCCAUGUUAAGAUAUCUCUGGCAAAGUAACUUUUCGUCUCCUGUCGAUGAUAUUUUGUCAAAACCAGGUGCCAGGGUCCUUGAUAUCGGGUAUCCAUUAGCUAAGGUUAUUGGAUUAGAUAUAUCUCCAUAUCAAUCAACUACGAUAAAACCUAAAAAUUUUGAAUUUAUUAAAGCAGAUGUUCAUGAGAGAUUACCAUUUGAUGAUAAUACUUUUGAUUUUGUGUUCCAAAGAUUUUUAGUAUUUGGUCUUGCCGUAGAGAAAUGUCAAGACAUAGUAAAUGAGUUGGUCAGAGUUUUAAAACCAGGUGGAUUCUUAGAGUUAUCUGAACCUUCUAAUGCAAUUGACGCGGGACCAAUUACUAAACGUUUAUGGGAUUGUGAAUACGAAAUAUUGAAAGAACAAGGCAGUGAUUUUGAUUUAUGCCAAAAGUUAGAUGGAUAUUGUCGAAAUCAAGGUCAAUUGGAAAAUAUUAAAAAAGAGUCUAAACAAUGCUAUUAUGGUGCAGUUUAUAAUAAUGCUGAACUUAGUAAAGCGAUUCUCAACAAUCUAAUUGCUUCUUAUGCUUCUCUUAAACCUAAUUUAACAAAAAAAUUACAACUUUCUGAUGAAGAAUAUGAUAAAUUGACCAAGGCUUCCGAAAAUGAAGUAGUGGAGUUUAACACUUAUUUUGAAAUAGUUCGUGUUUAUGCAA